AUGAACACACCGAUUAACCAGCCUAGCCCACUCUCCUCUCUGGCUCCACAGCUGGCUCCCCAAAGCCCCUCACCCCAGUCCUGGGAUUCCUUCUGUGGAACCCCUUCCUGGGGCCUCAGCUGGCUCUUGGCUGCACAGCACAUUCUGGUCCAAGCUUCUUUGCUCUGUGUCUCCCCCCUGCUCCUGCUUCAUAGUCUUCCACCAGGAAGACUUUCCUGUCCCCUUGGCCAGCUCCUGGCUUCCAGUCUCUUCUCUUGUGGUUUGUCUACUGCCAUGCAAACCUGGAUGGGCAGCAGGCUACCUCUGGUCUAGGCCCCAUCCAUUGAGUUCCUCAUUCCCGCUCUGGUGUUGGCCAGCCAGAAACCAUACCAAGUUACCUGGGUACCUGGAAACAAUUCCCGUGUGCUGAGUCCAUGUGGAACAGGCUGCCCUACCCUGGGAAGCUGGGAUGAGUCUUUCAGAGAGGUGUCAGGUGCUGCACUGAUGUCUGGGCUGCUUCAGGGAACACUAGCAUUGUUGGGUGGGCCUGGUCGAUUGUUCCUUUAUUUUGGGCCCCUGGUCCUUGCUCCCAGCCUGGUUGUGGCAGGGCUUUCUGCUCACAAGGAAGUUACACUGUUCUGUUCUGCAAAUUGGGGCCUUGCAUUGCUGCCUAUCCUACUUAUAGUUGUAUGUUCUCAGCAUCUCGAAUCUUGCCUGCUGCCCUUGUGCCCACUUCGAACUCCUGUUCCUCCAACUCACAUCCAUGUCCCUGUCUUCCGCCUUUUCUUGUCUUGUCUCAUACAGGUGCUGCUCUCUGUGAUCUGUGUUUGGAUCCUCUCUGCUUUAUUGGGCCUUAGUUUCACCCCACAGAAGCUGUCUGCCCCUAACAUCACCCCAUGGCUGUGGCUGCCUCACCCGGGUACAUGGUCUUGGUCCAAGUUGACCCUCCGGGGCCUGGUUGCAGGCACUACCAUGGCACUGGCAUCUUUGACCAGCUCCUUGUGUUGUUACGCAUUGUGUGGCCAGCUGCUGCAGCUGAGUCCUCCCCCCUCCUAUGCCUGUAAUCGAGGCCUGGGCUUUGAGGGCCUGAGCAGCCUGCUGGCUGGGCUCUUGGGGAGCCCUUUGGGUAUUGCCUCCAGCUUCCCCAAUGUGGGCACCACCAGUCUCACCCAGGCUGGAUCUCAUAGAGUGGCAAGGCUAGUCAGCCUACUGUGUAUAGGGUUGGGUCUCUCUCCAUGGUUGGGGCAGGCCCUUACCACCAUCCCGCUGCCAGUUCAUGGUGCUGUGCUGGGGGUGAACCUGGCAGUCAUCUUGUCGACUGGCUUUUCCUACUUCUACUUUACGGACAUUGACUCAGGACGUAAUGUCUUCAUCGUUGGUUUUGCUACCUUCAUGGCAUUGUUGCUGCAGGAUGCUUCUGUUCUCAACACGCUUUACCCCAAUUGCAUAGGGUUGAGUGCUGCGGACGUGCUGCUUUGUUCCUUUUUGGCAGAGCCUGUGCUUCUGGCUGGUCUCUUGAGUUUCCUCCUGGAGAACACCAUCCCAGGAACUCGGUUAGAGCGAGGCCUGCCCUCUCAGAAGGAGGCUCAGACUCCGAAGCUCCGAAGGAAGGAUGCUUUGGAAUAUGAGCUGCCCAGCCCCUUCCAGAAGCUCAACUCCCUUCUGCCCCAGCCCCUACGAUGCCUCUGUUCCCCGCCCGAGGACAGUGGGGUUGAGGAGGAGCCGGGGCGGUCAGAGCCAAGAGAAACUACGGACCUGCUGCCCAGCUCUGAGCUCAGACCUCCGCCUCAGUCUCGCUAGGGCCGGGGCUGACUGAGGACCCCUCCUCACCUGGCCAGGGCUGCAAUCUCAGGGCUCCUCCGAGUCCUCACUAGGAAGAGAGGGACCACCCACCCCUUUGGCCCCUCCUUCCAGCUUCUCCCAAGAGGGGAGCCCAGUCCCU